AUGUCCUCCUCUGCCGUCUCCUCGCAUCCCUUCCCCCUCCCACCUCUCCUUCUCGUCUCCCGAGCUUCCCUUUCUCCUCUGCCCCCCCUCCCCCCCUUGCAUCUACCUCCGCACCCCCUCGCGCGCGCAGGCCGUGGCGGACAUUAUCCGCACCACGUUGGGCCCGCGCUCCAUGCUCAAGAUGCUGCUAGACGCCACAGGAGGUCACCUGAUGGGGUGGUGGGAUGGGGUGGUGGGAUGGGGUGGUGGGAUGGGGUGGUGGGAUGGGGUGGUGGGAUGGGGUGGUGGGGUGGGGUGGUGGGAUGGGGUGGUGGGAUGGGGUGGUGGGAUGGGGUGGUGGUGAUGGGGUGGUGGGAUGGGGUGGUGGGAUGGGGUGGUGGGAUGGGGUGGUGGGAUGGGGUGGUGGUGAUGGGGUGGUGGGAUGGGGUGGUGGGAUGGGGUGGUGGCAUCGUGCUGACCAACGAUGGCAACGCCAUUCUGAGAGAGAUCGACGUCACGCACCCGGCUGCCAAGAUGCAUCUCCUCCCAAGCACCGGCCUCUCGACUCCUUUCCCUCGCCAGAUACAUCCCCUCCUCUCGCUGCGCCUUUCCCUUGCUAUUCACUCCACUCUGCAAGCCCGCUCAGCCGCCCCGGACAUGCCCUUCCUCUCACCCCUCACCUAUCCACUCUUCCAUUCCCUCCGUUUGUUUGAUGCCCGGCAUGCCACGUGUCACCACUGCGUGCUGCCAGCUGGCGAGAUGCUCCACGUGGCAGAGCCCUUCUUGGAGAAGGGCUUUCACCCCACCGUUAUCUGCAGAGCGUACACCAAGGCGUUGGACGAUGCCAUAGCGGUGAUCGACAAGGUGGCAUUCAAGAUCGACGUCAACAACAGGAAGCAGAUGCUGAGCAUACUGCAGAGCUGCAUCGGCACCAAGUUCACCACCCGCUUCGGCCCCCUCAUGGCUGAGCUAGCACUUGACGCGGUGCAAACGGUGGCAGUGGAGGUGGGCGGGCGCAAGGAGAUUGACAUCAAGCAGUACGCCAAGGUGGAGAAGGUGCCGGGCGGUCGGAUAGAGGACAGUGCGGUGCUGCGCGGUGUGAUGUUCAACAAGGACGUGGUGACUCCCGGCAAGAUGCGGCGCCGCAUUGAGAACCCGCGGGUCGUGCUGCUGGACUCGCCCCUGGAGUACAAGAAAGGGGAGAACCAGACGAACGUGGAACUGCUGAAAGAAGAGGACUGGGAGCAGCUGUUGAAAGAUGGAGGAGUACAUAGCAGCUCUGUGUCGCCACCUCCUCUCCCACACGCGCUCACUGCCCCUCGUGUGCUCUGUUCUUGCCCUCUCUACCACCGCUUUUCCACAUGGCAGGGAGCAGCUGUUGAAGAUGGAGGAGGAGUACAUAGCGGGUUUGUGUCGCCACAUAGCGGCAUUCAAGCCGGACCUCGUCAUCACAGAGAAGGGCCUCAGCGACCUCCACCUCCUCUCCCACACGCCCUCACUGCCCCUCAUGUCCCUUGUCCGUGCCCUCUCUGCCCGCUCUGCCCUCUCUGCCCUCUCCCCACAUGUGCAUACAUGCGCCAAUGUGUCUCUGAAUCUGCCAGGGAGCAGCUGUUGAAGAUGGAGGAGGAGUACAUAGCGGGUCUGUGUCGCCACAUAGCAGCAUUCAAGCCCGACCUCGUCAUCACGGAGAAGGGCCUCAGCGACCUCGCUGCGCACUACCUCUCCAAAGCCGGCAUCGCAGCCAUCAGGAGGCUCCGUAAAACUGAUAACAACCGCAUAGCUCGUGCGGUAGGAGCUACCAUUGUGAACCGAGUGGAGGAGCUGCAGGAGAGCGACGUGGGGAUGGGCGCGGGGCUAGCCGGCAUCGCAGCCAUUCGUCGCCUCCGUAAAACCGACAACAACCGCAUCGCUCGUGCGGUGGGCGCUACGAUUGUGAACCGAGUGGAGGAGCUGCAGGAGAGCGACGUGGGGACGGGCGCGGGCUGUUUGAGCAAGGACAUUCUGAACGAGAUGGAGCGGAACCUGCAGGUGAGGGAGGGAUGGGAAUGGGUGGAGAGGGGUCAAUCAGGUGAGGUGAGCAGUGAGAAUGGGUGGAGCGAGGUGAAGGGAAUGCAGCUGUGGGGAAGGUGCAAGCAGCCCAAGGCGUGCACGGUGCUGCUGAGGGGGCCGAGCAAGGACAACAUUAGACGCCAUGGGAGUGCCGCGCAAUGUGGGGGUGGACCCUCGCCUUGUGCUGGGGGGGAAGACGCCAUGGGAGUGGCGCGCAAUGUGGUGGUGGACCCUCGCCUCGUGCCGGGUGGCGGUGCCGUGGAGAUGACCGUGUCGGCUGCUCUCAAGGACAAGGCUGGCACCGUGGCAGGCAUUGAGCAGUGGCCGUACCGUGCAGUGGCGUCGGCGUUUGAGGUCAUCCCGCGCACGCUAGCACAGAACUGCGGAGUCAGCGUGAUCCGCACCGUCACUGCUCUGCAGGCCAAGCACGCACAAGGCGCCAACACGUCCAUAGGCAUUGACGGCGACACGGGCGCCCUCACUGACAUGAAGGAGCUCGGGGUGUGGCAGCAGACAGGGAAAUUGCUGAUGUGGUGUGUGUGCUAUUUGCCCUUUCACUCCUUCCACUCACUCACAACCAGCCUCUCCAACCUCCUGCCUCCCGCCUCUCUGUUCGUUCUCUGCCUGCCAGGUGUGGGAGCCGUACGCAGUGAAGGUGCAGACGGUCAAGACGGCCAUCGAGGCGGCGUGCAUGCUGCAUACCCUUGCAUGCAUUCCCCUCAUCCCCCCUCCCGCCCCUCCCCCCCCUACCCCGGGCUGCCAAGUGUGUGGGAGCUGUAUGCAGUGAAGGUGCAGACGGUCAAAACAGCGAUCGAGGCGGCGUGCAUGCUGCAUACCCUUGCAUGCCUUUCUCUCAUCCCCUCCCUGCAUCCCUGCCUCCUUUGGCCCUGCCAGGUGUGGGAGCCGUAUGCAGUGAAGGUGCAGACAGUGAAGACGGCGAUCGAGGCGGCGUGCAUGCUGCUGCGCAUCGAUGACAUCGUCAGCGGGCUCAAGAAGAAGCAGGCGAGCGGCGCACCGGGAGGGGGCAAGCCGCAGAUGGACACGGGCGAUGACGUUGACUCCGAGCAGAUGCUGGCCGAGUGA